CUUUCGCGUGCGUGACAUUUAAACGCAGCACUGCGUGUUACGUAGGCAUGUAAACAUUUACGUAACAAAUCAUGGCUGCCGAGUUGACGAGGACUCUGUCAAAGUCUUGCAGGCAGAUCGCUCGCUCAUGGGGUCCCUGCCAGGGUGCGUGGAGGAGCACAUCCACCAAGUCUGCCCUGCAUCCUGUGCAGGCUGCCGGGGUGGGUUCCUUCCCUCCUCUGCAGUCCUACUCCGAGGAAGAGAGCAUGAUGAGGGAAGCAGUUAGAAAGUACGCACAGGAGCGUAUCGCUCCCUUUGUGGCCAAGAUGGAUGAGCAAUCUAUGAUGGAUGGAGAAGUGAUCAAGUCUCUCUUUGAACAGGGCCUAAUGGGCAUCGAGAUCGAGGCGGACUACGGCGGCACCGGCUCCACGUUCUUCUCCUCCAUUUUGGUCAUCGAGGAGCUGGCCAAAGUGGACGCCUCCGUGGCCGUGCUGUGCGACAUCCAGAACACGCUGAUCAACACGCUGUUGGCGCAGCUGGGCACCCCGGCUCAGAAGGAGAAGUACCUCAGCAGACUGUCGACCGACAUGAUUGGCAGCUUUUGCCUGUCUGAGGCCGAGUCGGGCAGCGACGCCUUCGCCCUGAAGACGCGUGCGGAAAAACACAAGGACUAUUACGUCAUCAACGGGUCCAAGAUGUGGAUCAGCAACGCGGAGCACGCCGGAGUAUUCCUGGUGAUGGCUAAUGUGGACCCCGCAGCUGGCUACAGAGGCAUCACCUGCUUCCUGGUGGACAAGGAGGCGGAGGGCCUGGAGGUCGGCAAGAAGGAGAACAAGCUGGGACUGCGCGCCUCCUCCACCUGUCCGCUCAACUUUGACAACGUCAAGGUGCCGGAGAAGAACAUUUUGGGCCAAGUCGGUCACGGCUACAAGUACGCCAUCGGAAUGCUGAACGAAGGCAGGAUUGGAAUUGCAGCUCAGAUGUUGGGUGUGGCACAAGGCUGCUUCGACCACACGAUUCCUUACACCAGACAGAGGAUGCAGUUCGGGAAGCGGAUCUUUGACUUCCAGGGUAUGCAGCACCAAAUCUCCCACGUGGCCACGCAGAUCGAAGCCGCCAGGUUGCUGACGUACAACGCCGCUCGGCUGAAAGAAGCCGGGAGGCCUUUCAUCAAGGAGGCCUGCAUGGCCAAAUACUUCACUGCCGAGGUGGCAACGUUGACCACGUCCAAGUGCAUCGAGUGGAUGGGAGGGGUGGGCUUCACCAAAGACUACCCCAUUGAGAAAUACUACAGAGACUGUAAAAUUGGAACCAUCUACGAGGGCACGACAAACAUCCAACUGUCCACCAUGGCCAAAUUUAUCGACAAGGAGUUUGACAAUUGAAAUGACUGAGCCAGACUGUCUGAUACGUUGCAGUACUACCAUUCUGCCGUGUUACACUCCUCUCUUCUUAACCAUCACAUCUAAUAAGUCUACAUGGCUUUCCUAGAAAUGACGCAAUAAUACUGUACAAAACAUGGAAUUAUUGUUACUCACGUUUUUCCCGAUAAAGGGCCUUUAUUUGUUUAACUACAUAUAAAUAUGGAAAUUAAUAUAGAAUGUUUCAGUGCCUUUUGCUGUGCCCGACCUCAUUAAAGGUAAGUUCCUCUUUGUUCAAUUAUCAUACUUCCCAAGCAGUUCCUGAAUUGCGUCGCUAGAUGGCAGCAUUUUCCCUGUUACCAGUUAAAGUUGAGCGGCCAAUGGUGCUCCUGCCUCAGAUAGAAACAUCUUGUCGUGCCUAAUUGACACAUUUUGCAGGAGAGUAGACGCUACAACGGCCACUUCAUUAGGUACACCUAUAGGACACAACCUCUGCAGGAAACUUGAUGUUAAAAUGUAGUAACUAGUCAAACAUACACAAUGUAAUUACUAAAUAACCUAACAAUUAUAUUGUGUUAGUCCUGCCAAUUCAAAUGUGAACAUUUAAAUGCAUUUAUGACAUCAUAUGUUGCAUGCAUUUUAUGCAAAUAUGAAACUGCAUUUUAACAGUAAAAUUCUGGCAACUUAGCUGCCGGAUUUUACCGUAAGAACGACAACUAUAGAUUUUACCGUGCACUAUUGUGACUAGCAAAACAGUACCACAGUUUUUUUACAGUAAAAAACUGGCAGCUCAGUUGCCAGUAUUUUAUGGUCAAAAAACUGUGGUACUGUUUUUUCAUGUACAGUAAAAUGCUGUGAAACCACAGUAAAAUUCAUAAAGUCGCUGCAAAAUCUAUAUAAAAUUUGACAAUUUGGUGAAUAUCUUGCUUUGAAAUCAUAAGUCAAGCAGAUAAAAAGUAUUUAUUUCUAGUUUAACAAAAUUUGAAUUUAUGAUCAUAUAUUUUGUUACGUUAUAAUAUUUAUGUUUAAAAAAAAUAUGCGAUUGCAUCGAGUACAUGUAUUUUUUUAUGUCAAAACUGAGAAAACUAAUACAUUUAGCAAUAAAAUAUAAAGUACUUUAAUGACGCAUAUUAUUUCCAGGCUUUCCAGGGCCAAAUAAAGUGAUGUGACGUGCCAGAUCUGGCCCCUGGGCCUUGAGUUUGACAUCUGUGCACUAGCAUAUGAGUAGAUUGUGUGCAUGUAAAUGAACAUUAUUUAAUUGGAAAAUGAAAAAUAACUGCUAAUUCCCAAUAAUUAUGUUACUUUUCAUACCGUAAAUAUGUUCCCUUUUGCAUUCUUUUAAUUUCAUAUACUAGAGUACAUUUUAGGACCAUAUCUGCGGACAAAGAUGAAGAUUUCAAAGUAAAACGAGAUGGGUUAUAUGUGUCUGAUUUGGAUAUUGUUUAUAUUACCGAACCUUACUCAUGAUAUUGUUGUAUUCAAUUACACACAAGUCGGCCAAUGUUGAUUUAGGGGUGUCAAACUCAUUUCAGCUCGGGGGCCACAUGGAGGAAAAUCUAUUAAAAUCAUGGCAUUAAAUAUAAAAAAUAAAGACAAGUUCAGAUUGUUUUCUUUGUCUUACUUUGGCCAAAAAUAGAACAAACACAUUCUGAAAAUAUUACAAUAAAAAUAUUAGAAAAAAAUACCCGGCAGCGGUAAAGUUUAGAUCCAUGAAGGAAAGAAGAAAGUCAUUGAAUAUUUUAAGAAUGUUUAAGCAUAAAAAAUUGUU